AUGUUGCGCUACAUAAAUAGAGUCCGGCAAUUAUUCGAGUUGUAUGGAUCCUCUGCCAUUCCGCUGUUUGUUUUCGGUAGCCGCACUACUUGGUGUAUGCAGGCAAAAGUCCUUGGUGAGCUGAAAGAGGGACAAGAUCGACCUGAUAACUCGAGGGCUACUGAAUUCAAAAAUUCAACGCUCGCAGAAUGUAACAUGGUUGCUGUGGCUGCUGCUGUUGUUGCUCAGAUAGCCGUGACUGGGCUAUCACUGGAACUUUCAAAUCAGGCAUAUUGUCUAACAAAAACGUCUUUUGUACCGAGCUUGAUAUUUGCAAUUCUAGCUGUGUUUUAUGUCAGCUGCCUGCAGCGUAGAUUUAAUCGUCUACUCACAGGGGAAGAUAUACGUCGAUGGAUCAGGGGAAGUUCAAGGAAACCGGGUGCCAAAAGAUGGGUUUGGUCAGUCGACGAAGAAAUAAAAGCUCGUUGCUUUAUCCCGAGCGCAUCAUCAGUCAUCACAGCCUCUGCACCCCAACUGCUUCUUUCAAUCUCACUCACAAUGUUAGUGAUUGCUUUGGGGGUGUAUUUGGGGAAUUUUGGGACUGCAGAGCCUAGCAACACGAAAUUUGUAUUCGCACUGUACAUCAUUGGGUUGGUAUUCUUCGGCGGAGCCUAUAGCAUGGCGCAAUAUUUUGAUAUCGAGGAAAUUUGCUCUGAGAUUGACAUCAUCAAUGGGUACCUGACUGGAUGGUCAGAAAGAAUGCGUAGAGAUCAGGCAAAGAAUUCUCAACCCCCAGAUCCUGAGGGAGGUAAUACGGAAGAUAGUAUCAGUAAAAGCGGCAGCGAGGCCAGCAGCAGGAGUAAGAGCAGCAUCAAAGGCAAAGAAAGGGUUGGAAAGAAAGAUUGA